CUAGGCGUUAAAGAAGCCUGCAGGUAGAGCACAAGCACAGCAGAUCAUUCAAUCAUUUGCUGCUGCUUCCUCCGACAAUUCAAGUGAGGAAGAAAGCGAUGAUGAAGAAUCGAGUAUAGAUGAAGAAGAAAGAGAUUACUUGAAUGAAAUACAAAAAUCAGAGCCUAUACGAAAGCAUAUAAGAUCCUCUAGUAGAGCAUCAUCUCAGACAAUGAUGACCGCACCCACAGAACUAAGACGAUUGUCUUACUCUUCUGCAAGUACGCACAAAAGACCAAUCUCUGUUGCUUCAACUAUAGCACGCCACAGAUAUGAUGAUGAUAGCAGUAGUAUGAAUCCAUGGGUAUUACAUCCUUCUGUCCGCCAAUACAGAGUAGAGAAUCCUUCUCUAGGCAGUGGUCAUACACCCUUGAGCGCAUCUUCGUCCAUAACAGCUAAACAACAGCAAUUGUCUGUCUUGGGUCCAGCAACUAAAAGAGCACUGGAUGUCUUACAGCAUGAAAUUGACAUUUUAAGUGAACGUAUUGAUGGCUUAAGAAAAGAAUUAAUGGAUGGAGAUCAAAUCAAUAAGAGGAAUAAAAGCAAACCUUUGGUAUCUGAUGAAGAUGGCUGGAAAUGGGUAUUUAAGGUAAGCUGCUGGAAAAGGGAGAACGUCUAUCAAUUUAUAUUUAAAUAAUAAAAAUCCUUAUUCUUUUUUUUUUUGUCUAUUGUGCUUCUUGUAUUUUCUAUAGGCUGCUAUGAAACACGCUGUUAUGAACUUGUUGACAGCCUCUGUCUUGAUACUUGUGCUGUACCAGAAUCAAAGCCCUGUGGCACACGCAAUUCUUGGGU